AUGUUGUUCAAACCCGACGGAUCGCCGGUCAUGUCGUCGAGCAGUACACUACCACAGACGCCCAUCAGUGAGUUGGUGGUGCCACCCAAGCCUAAUCUCGGUACACUGGCCACCUCGAACCAAUGGAAACGUGCCGCAUUAAUGGCCAAGUCCGCAUCGGCUUGCAGAGAUUCGGAUGAGAGCGAUGAUGAAGGGGAUACCAAGCAGCAGAUCAAGUAUGGCAGCGGUUUCCAGGCUGCCAAGGCCAUCAUCCAUGAGUACUGCGACUACAGUACCAUCCAUGGCAUACGCUACCUUGGCGAGAAGAAGCGUCCUUGGCUGGAGCGCUUGUUCUGGGUCAGCGUCUUUCUGCUCUCCAUCUGCACUUGCUUCAAGCUGACCCUGAACAUUUGGGACAAGUGGACCAAUAAUCCGGUGAUUGUCAGUUUCGCCGAGAAGUCCACACCCGUCUGGCAGAUACCCUUUCCCUCUGUCACCGUUUGUUCAGAAACCAAGUCUCGACAGAGAGCAUUCAACUUUACCGACAUUUACUGGCAGUUGAGGGAUUAUCGGAAUAAUGUCAGCGGAGUUGCCCCACUAACAGAAAAGCAAAAAUCAACCUAUGGAACAGUGACUCAAGUGUGUGAUGCUCCAUUGCAUGACAUCGAUUAUGGUUUCAAGACCAGAAAGGGUAUUGAAAUUAUUGAUACGCUCAGCGAGAUAGCACCCUUAUUUGAAGAGACCUAUUUGGAGUGCAAAUGGCGUAAUGCUCCCGUUAAAUGCAACGAUAUAUUCCACAAGUUUGUCACUGAGGACGGUGUCUGUUAUAGCUUUAACUCGUUGAAUCCAGCUGAGACUUUUCGAGCUGAGGGCAUUAUACCCGAUUUCAUAUUCCGCGAAGAGAAUCGUGUGGCCACGCAGUGGAGCGUGGAAAAAGGUUACAGUCCCACCGCCGAUACAGAAACUUAUCCGAAUCGUGUUCUGGGACCGGGUGCCAAGGCGGGUUUGUAUUUGUUUAUGGGCGGCAUGGAACUGGAUUUCGAUGAUAUGUGUCGUGGUCCAGUGCAGGGUUUCAAAAUUCUGCUGCAUACACCAGGUGAGGUUGCACAGGUGACGCGACAAUACUUUCGCAUUCCCUUUGAUCAGGAGGUGUUGAUAUCCGUACGGCCCAAGAUUAUUACCACCUCGGAUGGCCUCAAGCACUACGAGCCCCACAGACGACAGUGUUAUUUCCAAGAGGAGCGUCGUCUGCGCUAUUUCAACAUCUAUUCACAGACUAAUUGUGAGCUGGAAUGCUUGGCCAACUUUACGCUCACUAAAUGCGGUUGCGUUAAGUUCUCCAUGCCAAGAAAUAUGAAUAUGCCCGUUUGUGGAGCUGGCAACUUGAAGUGUUACAAUGAUGCCGAGGACGAGCUGCUGCUUAAAGAGUUCGAACAGGGUAUGGCCACCGAGGGGGAGAACAUUCGGGGCCAGACCGACUGCAAUUGUCUGCCCUCUUGCACCUCCAUUGCAUAUGAAGCGGAAAUUUCACAGGCUGAUUUCGACUAUAAGACUGUUGCCAGCAAGGACAAAACUGAUGAAGACCAGAAAAAGCGAGAAGGCAUGAAAAUGUCGCGUGUUUCGAUCUUCUUUAAGGAGGCACAGUUUCUCACCUCGCGUCGCUCGGAACUUUAUGGCACCACCGACUUUCUGGCCAAUUGUGGUGGUCUUCUGGGUCUCUUUAUGGGCGUGUCCACACUGAGUAUUGUGGAGCUGGUUUAUUUCUGUACAGUGCGUUUGAUUUCCAAUCUGCGUAUGCGUCGCAAGACACGCAAGGAGUUGUCCUUGGCUGCCAGAAAGGAGGCUUGAGGAAUUUGUAAACGCCAAAACCGAAGACUGCCGCUUUAUCAAUUAACCAAGUGGCAAAUGAAAAGGAUUCUCUCUUUAGUACACUAAAUAUGCAAUGUUUAAACGGCAAACAAUGAAAAUAAAUUUAUACUCUCAGCACA